AUGCCUGUGCUUCUGGCUCUUCUGGACUCUACUUGUGUAAGCAAAUCAUCGAGAGUGGCAACUCUGAUGUCGUUCUUGCCUGUGGCUUUGAGAAGAUGGCGACGGGAUCGCUUGAUACUCAAGCUGGGCAACAGUGAUGGUCGAGCACUCUCAGUGGAUAAUCAUAUUCAAGUUAUGGCUGAUUAUUGCACAAAACGGGAACAUUUCGCAAAAAUCGCAUACAAGAAUCAUCUACACUCGGUCCACAAUCCUCCAACUUCCGAUGGUUCUGCUGCAGCAGUACUUUGCUCUGAGCGAUAUCUCGAGCAGCAUCCACAUCUAAAGCCGCAAGCAGUGGAAAUUGUCGGUCAGUUAGUGGCGCUAUCCUUCAUUAUGCGUGCUAUGGUAAUUGAUCGGUUUCUGCUUGAAGGUCUCGAGCUUGGAACUGAUCAGCCAUCGGUAUUCAAGGAGAACAGUAACAUCAAGAUGAUCGGCUUUGACAUGAUCAAGAAGAUCUCUACAGAUCUGUACAAAAAGACUGGCCUCUCUCCAAACGAUGUGCAGGUUAUCGAACUCCACGAUUGCUUUGCGCCAAACGAGCUUAUCACCUACGAGGCUAUCGGGCUGUGUGACGUCGACCCGAUAAAUGCGACGCAAUUUCCAGGAGUCGCUCAAGUGGUUGAAUUAUCAAAUCAGCUACGAGGAAAAUGUGGAAAGCGUCAGGUUCCGAACUGCAAAAUCGCUAUGCAGCACAACAUUGGAAUCGGUGGAGCUGGCGUAGUCGGCCUGUAUCGCUUAGGAUUCCCAUCAAGUACCUGCCCGCCAACCAAAUCUCCAAAAAACAUGGGAGCUCUCGAAUCUGAUGUUGUUUUCGAAGAGAUCAAGCAACGUAUCAAUGAGGAAAAAGAUCUCGUCAAAAAGACUGCCACAUCAUUCAGAAUGAUUAUUACCGGAGAAGACGGCAGCGUGAAGAAGUGGACUGUUGAUACCAAGAGUGAACCGCCGUUUGUUGGACAUGACGACAGGACUGUAGAGGCAUUCAUGCAAGGCAAGAUGAAACUGAAAGGAAACAUCGCAAAGGCGAUGAAAUUGAAAAACCUUCUCGACGCGCGCAAGAAUGCUCAAAGCAAAAAUUUGAAAUGUUUCUCAUCGUCAGCCUUAUUAUCCACUAUCGAAAUCAGUGAUUUCCGAAGUGCUAGACUGAAACCAACCAUUGCCUCAAGACGUUUCCAUUAA